AUUGUCAAAGUCUGAAGCUCCAGUUUCCAAGUAGCCACCAGCGUUCAGGGAUGAUGCCCUCAGGGAAGACGGUCAAGCUCAUCGUCUACGAGGUGCUGCAGUUCACAGCUCUCAUCGUCCCCAUCUUUGUAGUUAUGGAGAGAUUUGCCAGGAUUAUCAGAGAUGUGAAAGGACAGAAUGUGACUGCUUACUGGCUCGUGGUGGCGGCUUCUAUUGCCUAUGUGACCUCUGCGACCUUGCUGGUGUGGGUUCCUCUUAAAUACGUGAUCCUGAAAAAGCAGGGAUUCAUUUCGGAGAUCACGCAGUGGAGACCGACAGCACUGGCAUAUCUUCUGCUGUCAACGCUGCCAUGUUUUGCAAUUCUAAUGGCCAGUUCAAAGGUCCAGCUGGACAACCAACAAAAACUCGACCAUUUCACAGAGCUGCCUGUUUCCUUGGUUCUUUUCUCCCUGAUUUGUGUGGAUGUCAUAGAGAGGUUGCGGCCUCACAAGCUCUUGGGUAAAGCUAAUAUUAUGGAUUCUGAUUAUGACAUGUCAAGACCAGUCCUGACCCACCUGACACAUGUGACCAGUGUUUCAGGCCAGCUGCCAGCUGAUGAAGGCCAGAACAGUGUGACCCCAGGCCAGGCAGAGGCCAGAAAUGGCAGCACAGCCAACAAAAGGCAGGACAUCACUGAGUCCCCUCACAGCACAAACAGACCAAACGCUUCAUACCUGUACUCUUCCACCCCACGACUGAUGCCUUACUCGGGUCCCCUAAGCUUCCUGUGGAAGAAAGAUGGAAGGGCAGAGGUAUUUGUGGAGUGUUUCUUGUUCUGGCUGGAUACAGUGGAGAUGGUACGAGUUUCGGGGGAGCCAAUGAUUUUCUACUCAGCUUGGGUGUUCCCAGUUUACAUCCUGGCUUUCCUUUCUUGUUUCCGCAUGAUCAUUGCUCCCUACAGCUCCCUGCUGCCGUUUGCUGGAGCUGUGCUGCAGGAUCUUCCUUUCUUCAUUAUUCGAGUUGCACUGAUUAUUGUAUUUGGUUUUGUAACACCUUUGUUAUAUCCUCUGAAAAAUGUUCUGGUAAGUUUAACUUUUAUCUAUUUCACAUGGAUGACCAAGCUGAGGAUAUUUAAAAGAUACAUCAUGUUCUGAGGAGAAGCAUAAAGACCCCAACUCAUCUGUGGAUGUUUGAACUGUUGGCUUUGAAGAGCAGCAUCAUGGACUCCUACUGAAACAUCAUUUGUGUAAUUAUUAGCCUGAUGAUAUAUAAGGGUAUAUAGACUGAGUAUGAGUGUUUUUAUGUAAAGUACAUGUAAAAAAAAACAUGUCUGUCUUUCUUUAA